CGGAGCCAUUAUAUUGCUGCUCUGGUCCUACGCUCAACAAUGUCCGCCAUGUAACUAACGUUCUGUUCUCAGGUCGGUUCAAAGUCCCAAACUAACGGCAUUUAAUAAAUAAAUUGGAUGUCUUGGUCCCACGUUUGCUUCAGGGAAACCGGAAAGACUGCCUCGGUCAACACCUACACUGAGCAGAAUGGCGUCCACUUCCCCACAUGACCGCAGCCGUAGAGAUGAGGAUGAGGAUGACCCUGUUGAUAGGAUGAUAUCCCGCACCGGCUGUGCUGAGCUUCACUAUGCUGUGCAGGAGUGCAUGGCUGAACAUCAGGACUGGAGAGCCUGUCAGAACCAAGUCCAGACUUUCAAAAACUGCAUGAUGACUUUCCAAAACGCCCGGAGGGAACAGCUGAGAAAACAGCAGCAAACCACCGAGUCAGCGCCCAGCUGAUAUCAAAAUACCCCACUGAAACCAAAACACAGGAUCAGGGUGUAUUCACAAUCUGCCUGACCUGUGUGAGGUGGGAAACUACACCGAUUGAUAAAUAAGAAUAAAUAUAUCUGAUCACA